UAUCAAGAGGGUGGGCAAAGUAUCGAUCCUACCUGCUAUCUUGCUUUACAUCACAAAGCAUACAUCAAAGAGGUACCAUAUAUGUGUAUAAAUUGUGGGGACAAUUUCACUUUGAGUAGCCCUCUUAUUUCCCAUAAAGAGGAGGAACUGUAUCAGUGUGGAAAGGGAUUCAGUAAGAAACGGUUACUUAUUUUACCACAAAAAAAUCCCCCAAGAGAGAAACCGUAUAAAUGUCUGCAGUGUGAAAAGACGUUUGCUCAGAGAGGUCAACUUUCCAUCCAUGAAAGGAUUCACACAGGUGAGAAACCAUAUGUAUGCCUGGUAUGCGGAAGAAGAUUUAUUCAGAGUGGUCACCUUACGAGACAUCAACGAUCCCACACAGGGGAGAAACCAUAUACAUGCCUGCAGUGUGGAAGACAGUUCAGUCGACAUUCAAACCUUAUGAAUCACGUAAGAAGCCACACGGAGGAAAAACCAUAUAUAUGUAUGGAGUGUGGAAAGAGGUUCCGUGACAACAGUGUCCUAGUUUGUCAUAAAAGGAUCCACUCAGGAGAAAAGCCAUACAAAUGCAUGGAGUGUGGGAAGAACUUCAGGCUGAAAUAUCACCUUGUGAAACAUGGAAGAAUUCACACAGGAGAGAAACCAUAUCAGUGUCUGGAGUGUGGAAAGAACUUCCGUCAGAAAGGUGGUCUUUUCCGACAUAAAAGAAUUCAAACAGGGGAGAAACCUUAUAGGUGCAAGGAAUGUGGAAAGAGUUUCAAUUGCAGCAGUUACUUUAUUUGCCAUAAAAGGAUUCAUACAGGAGAGAAACCAUAUCAGUGUCUGGAGUGUGGAAAGAACUUCCGUCAGAAAGGUGGUCUUUUCCGACAUAAAAGAAUUCAAACAGGGGAGAAACCUUAUAGGUGCAAGGAAUGUGGAAAGAGUUUCAAUUGCAGCAGUUACUUUAUUUGCCAUAAAAGGAUUCAUACAGGAGAGAAACCAUAUAAAUGCCUGGAGUGUGGAAUGAGUUUUAAUAAAAGCAGUUGUCUUACAUCUCAUAAAAGAAGGCACACAGGAGAGAAGCCAUAUAAAUGCAGAGAGCGUGGAAAGAGAUUUUCGUGUAACUUUGACCUCAGAUAUCAUCAACGAACCUUUACUGGGGAGAAAUCAUAUAAAUGCUUGAAGUGUGAAAAAAGGUUCAGUAGAUGUUCAAACCUUAGAAUCCAUGUAAGAAUUCACACGGGGGAGAAACCAUAUAGGUGCCCAGAGUGUCGAAAGAGCUUCUGCAAGUACGGUGACUUUAUUCGCCAUAAAAGGAUCCACACAGGAGAAAAACCAUACAAAUGCCUGGAAUGUGGAAAGAGCUUCACUCAGAACGGAAACCUUAUUACACAUAAAAGGAUUCACACAGGAGAGAAACCAUAUAAAUGCCUGGAGUGUG